AUGAAAUUAAAGAAUUUACAUAAAUAUCAUGACCCAACUUAUGAAAAUAACUUUCCUCAAAGCAGAUAAAUUCUUAAAUUCAAAAGUGAAACAGAUAGUUUAUAAUUAUUAUCAAUAAGUGACGAAUAAAGUUGUUAAAGAUUUUUAUCUUAUUUGUUUCCAAACCCAUUUAUAGGUUCAAUAGUAUAAAAUCAAUUAUUAAUUAAAUUAGAUAUUGAUAUAAAUAAUAGUCUACCUACAAUUAACAAAUUUAUUUCAUUUCUCAACUUUCUUUAAUAAGCUGAUGAAAUUUAAUUAACAUAUUUAUAUUCUUAAAUGUUAGUAACAGAAGAAUUAUUUUUUAAUACUAAAUAUGAAGAAGAUCUAACAGAAAUAGGUUAAAAUUUAUUUAAAGAUCCUAUUUAUGGAUUAAAAGGUGAGGAGAGUUUACGUAUUUUUGAUAAAGAUGAAUUUGAUUAAUAUUUAACAUAUUUACAGAAUAAUUUUAUUGUUUUGAUAGGAAGUUGAUAACUUUUAAUUUGAUCCAAAUCAUAAAUCAAUAAAUGAUGAUUCAAUAUUUAUUGUAGAUGCUGUAUUAAAUAAACUUCAUUAAGAAUUUUAAUAAGAUUUAAAACCAUUAACAAAAUAGUUUGAUUAAACGAAUUAAUAUUAAUUUGAAUUGCCUUAAUUAAGUACAUUUUUACCUGAAAAUUUGGCUUUAGUAUCAGUAUGUUAAGAACCUAUAAUUACUUAUGAAUAGACCAAAACUUAAGUUGAUAGUGUGAGUAAUGUAGUAAGAGAAAGUAAGUAUGAUGGAUCAAAAGAAAUUGAUUUUGACUAUAGAAUUUAAAUGUUAAUUUCCUAUUCCUAAUUUUACAAAUAAUUGUAUAGAAUAAGAAAAAGUUGCAUAAAUAUCAUUAGUACCAUUUUAAAUUUCAAGUAAUGUAUGGUGGAAACCUAGUAGAUUAGGUGCUAUGGUAUUUACAGGAUUAUUUGUAGAAAAACCAGAAUCAACUUUAGUAGAAGGUAAAACAAUGUUAAAGUUAUAAUAAAAAUUUUAUACAGAAUUGUCAAAGAAGUAAUUUUAAUAACAAAUUUUAUUUGGUUAUGAAUUAAGUUUUAAAGAAACUAUAAAUGGACUUAAUAUAUAAAUGUUAAGUAAUUCUGAAAAAUAAUCAGAAUUUUAGGAUAAGGUUUUUGAUUUAAUGGAUACUGAUGAUGAAUAAUUAUUUAUUUAUGUAAAGGAUUUGUUAAGUUAGGAUAUUAAAAGAUUUCAUGAUCAAAAAUUAUCAUUAUUAACUUAAUAAUAUUAUUUGCCUAAAAUUAUGUUACGUCCUGUUAGUUCUCCUUAAGAAAUAUUAGAUGAAUUAGUUAAAAUUGACUAUUAAAAAUUUUAAAUAUUCUAAGCUAAAUUAUUGACUAGUAAAAUAUAAAUUUUAAAUUUGAGGAAUAUUUUACCAAAUGAUAGUGUAUUUGAAGAUUCAUAAGAGACUUAUAUAUCAAAAACUUUAAAUUUAAAAGGUCAAAAUUUAUAAUAUAAAGUGAAAAGAGAAUCAAAUAUUGAUACGAGUUCAUCAGUUUUAAAUUAUUAUUAAACAGGUUUGAGAAAUUUGGAAAAUACUGCUAAAUUAUAUUUUUAUGCUGAUUUCUUAUCAUAAUAUUCGAAUAAUUAUUUUUCAAUGGAAUAAUAAAUUUAGAUUAAGAGAAAAGCAUUAGGAUGUGCAGAUGGUUUAUAGAUUUAUAUGUAAGGAGUAAAUCCUAUAAAAGGAAAGGAAUAAAUUGAUCAAUUUAUAAAGCAAGCAAAUAUUUAUUUAAAUAAAUAAUUAGAUGAGGAUAUUUUAGAUUAAAAGACCUAAACAAUAAAUAGAUUAUAUAGUGAAAUAAAAUUUACAAGUAUUUAAGAGGAAGGAUAAUUUAUUUGGGAUAAAAUAGUGAAUAAAAAUUAUGCAUUUACAGAAAUUUAAGAUGUGAUUCGAUAUUUAGAUGAAGUAUUUCCUUAGAAGCUUAGAGAAUGUUAAAAUUUGACAAUGUAAGGAUCAAUUAGUGUUUUAGUAUAUGGAAUAUAGGAAUAGAUAGAUUAAAAUGGAGGAAUUGAGUAUGUAGAAGAACUAACUGGUUAGGAUGUAUAUGAAUGCUUAUUUUAAUUAUGA